UCAAAACUUAUUUACAAAACAUACCUCUAAUAUAAAAAUAAAUUGAAAAAAGUAAGUAAAAAAUCGUAAAACAAACCACUGAAUGAAAUGAAAUAGUGGAAACAAUAGGAGAAGAACCAAUAAUUAUGAUUAUAAAAGUUUAGUUAGACAAAAUGAAUAAACCCAAAUCGAUUGUGGUAAAGUCAAAAUCUUCUAACAGUGCAAUUACUAUGAAAUCAGAGCCAAGAAAGCGCAAAAAGAGUAGAAGUAAUGCUGAAAUUCAGCGUCUCAUACUGAAGAAGAGAGGAGUCUACGUGGAAAAGAAGGCUACUAAAAUGUCUAUUAAUGAAAGAGAUUUAAGUCCAGUUGGCCAAUCCCUACCCACCCCGAGACCGCCAUCAAGUCCACGACCAAUACCACGACCAGGUAGAAAGAGAUUCCUGGCAUCAGUCCUCAAAAUCCUAUCCCAAUCCACCACUGGAACCCAGUACCCAGACCGAGACAACUCAGAAAAACUAAGAAAACAAGACAGAAUCAAAUCCAGACUGAAAAAGAAGAUUGACGAUGAAAUAAUCCCAGAAGACAACAGCACAUCAACGUAUACCAAAAGAAAACCUAGAUACAGGUCUAAAAUACUGAACGAAGCACAUCACGGCUCCGAUUUUGAGCAACUCAUAGUUUUGCAAUCGACAAAAGAAAUUACGCAUACACCAUCAAACGUGUCUGAGAGAAGCUCUUUCAGGGAACCAGACACAAUCAAAUGGGCUGAUAUAAUGCUGUCCUCUCCCAAAAAGAGCCUGGACAUACCAGUGCUAGAAGAAACUAAAGAAAAAGAGAACCAAGAGACGCCUAUAACGCCUACAGAAGCAAAAAUCAAACCAGUCGAUAAAGACCCUUCUACUUUAAUAGCAGAAGUACCUAAUAAGGACGAUAAGAAGUUCUACAAUUUCUUCUACGAUCUCCUAGAGACCACUUUCAGUGUAUACAACGUUAAAACUGAAUUUAAUAACAUACCUACUCCAUCCGCGUUUUCAUCGAAAGUACAUUUUGAAAUGGACGAAUCUGUAGCUAAGAAAUUGACGAUACCGAAAACGAAAGAUCCAACUCCUGAGGAGAAAGAGAAAGAACCGCUUCCGAAGUACUACUGCAUCAAACCAGAUAUAAAAGACAAUUGGGACGACAAACAGUUGUUAGAACAUUUUCAGCCAAAACCUAUUAAACGUGUAAGGACAUUAUCCCCAACUAAAUCAGUGAAGAGACGACAUAAAAUAAAACCGGAGCCAAUAGAAUACAAAAAGAGACCGAUACCAGCAACAACUAGUUUGCAAGUACCAACCAAGAAAACAAUGAAGAAAGAAAGAAAGAAAAUAUUUAUGAAUCUAUUAAAAGAACAACUAAAAAUGGAAGACGAUGCUUUCGAAGAACCAAGGAACUUCUACGAAGCAUUGAAAAUCAUAGCACGAAACAAACGAAGAUACAAAAGAUCUAUACAUUUCGCUGACUCAAAAAAACCUAGCGAGGGAGAUGUACAUGAAUGUCAGUUUAAAAGAAGAAGAUUAAUAUCAGCUAGCACGAAAUCCAGCAAAAAGUCGUAUAAUCCAGAAAGCGAUUUCUUCAAAUCAAUGAAAUCCUUUUCACAUAAUUCAAAUGGUAGUGCUAAUUUCAAGAAGCGUAACACGAUACGUGUAGCUGAUUCAGAAAUGGAAAAUGCUUCGGAGCAUUCGUUGGAAGUGUUUGGUUUUGAUUAUGAGCCUGUUACUAAACCUACUCCUGCCUUUAAGCAGUUUCCAUCCUUCCCGCCUUCAACAGCCACGAGUCAGGAGUACGGUUUCAAUCAAACUUUGCUCAUGAAAUACAGUGAUAGUGGCACUAGCUCCAUUUUAGAAAGUUCACAUCUGAGGGCCCAACAUGGAUUAAGAUCUCUAAGUGAAUUAUUAAAUGACUAACUCCGCGCUCAAGACAUUUAAUGAUUACUUAAACUAUUCCUUAGUAACGAUUUUGUAUCGAAAUUAAUUGCUAAGGACUCGGUUAAGUAACCAUUAAAUGACUCUGAGUACGGCGGUAACAAUUCUAAGGUCUUUCUAUAAUAUUUAUUAAAAAAAAUGCAAAUAAAUAAUUUUGAAAGUUUU